UUUCAUUUCAGAAAAUCAACAAAUUCACUUUUUGACAAUUUACGAGUUUUUUCCUCAAACCAAAUAGAAGUUCGAAAUGAAAUAAGUCAUACAAUUAAGUCCAUAAUCUUUUACCUGAUGUCAUACAUGUUUUCAGGUAACAAGGAUGGAAAUAACAAAAAAGGGUUCGUAAUGGAAAGGCUGGGGCAGUAUCUUGUCGACGCCCCCUUGACAUUAACCCCAAAUAUGGAAGGAAACGACUGGACCACUUUCCUGAAUGAGAAUGAAUGUGUCGGAAACCAUCCAAGUAUUUUCAAAUAUUAUGCCAACACAUCGCUUAUACAACAGUUCAAGGAUUUGGCCGUGAAAAUCACUAAUAUCUUUGACUCGCCAAAGGGAAUUUUACCCAAUCAGUUCAGACAUGUACAUACUUUCGACUGUUUCAAUUUCAAACAGAACAUGUUGCGCAUCACUUCAGUUAACGUCAACAAAGAAAUGGUUUUGUUUGGUAUUUUAGAACCGUUCUGUCACCUCCACCUUCUGCAGAUACAUGUAACAGAAGAGAGGUGCUUGGCGAGAUGUGGAAAAUUUUAUUUCACCGAUCUUACUGAGGAAUCUGAUCAAAUGUAUCAAAUAUUGGAUGUAUCUUUUUAUUCAAUAAAUAUUCUAUCUCUCCUGAUUCAAGAUAUUCAUGGGUAUAAGACGGCCACCAUUUUGCAGUUACCGUUACCGCCAGCCCUUGAAAAAUUAACUGAAAUCGACAUCAACGUUGCUCUAAACAGAGCCGUUUUAUCAAACACCAACGGAUCUACGUUUGUUCCCAAGCUCUUUAAGAAUGUCGAUAUGGCAGCUUCAUCGUUUGCAGUUUCUGGGAACAGAAGGGUUGGCAUUGUGCUUUCUGAAAAUAAAAGAAAGGUGAAGCUUUUUGAGAUGGAAGCAGAAGAUGAAGACGAAGAAGAUGCAGACAUGACGAGCAGUGUGUUAAAGGAAGAUGUUAGCAUGCAAGACAGCCAUAUCAUCGAUUGAAGUGCUCCAAAUGCUAUCUGUGAAAAUAUUGACCCGCUCGUUCCACUGGGGCCUCAUAUUAAUGUUCCUUGCACAUUGAAAGAUUGCAUACACUUCAGCCUGAUAUGUACUCACCGAGUGUAUAACUGAAAUGAAGAUUUGUCUCCGUACAGAAAAUUGUAGCUCCAGUACUAUGUUCGGUUUUCAACCCAUAUUGUAUACCAGGUGUUACUGCCGACCAUGUUCAACUGAGGCGAGGCAGAAAUUGAUGCCAAAGUCAAAUUUCGAUAAAUACUAAUAAUGAGGAAAAUCCGACAUGACUCAACCAUUUUUGUAAAUCUCAAAUAUUCAUACCCAAAAUUUUUAGUGAAAUAUAUUUUAAUGGGACUCA